AUGGGUAGCAUCAACCUUGAGCAGAUGAAAAACGAGGAUGUCAAUUUGGAACGGGUUCCAAUAGAAGAAGUGUUUGAUCAUCUAAAAUGUUCAAGACAAGGUCUGACAUCAGAGGAAGGAGCCAGCAGGCUUCAAGUCUUUGGACCAAACAAACUGGAAGAGAAAAGUGAGAACAAGUUUUUGAAGUUUUUAGGUUUUAUGUGGAACCCUUUGUCAUGGGUUAUGGAAGCUGCUGCUAUUAUGGCCAUUGCUUUGGCUAAUGGUGAUGGAAGGCCUCCUGAUUGGCAAGACUUUGUCGGAAUCAUUGCUCUCUUGGUCAUCAACUCCACCAUCAGUUUCAUUGAAGAAAACAAUGCCGGCAACGCUGCCGCUGCUCUCAUGGCUGGUUUAGCUCCCAAGGCUAAGGUACUAAGAGAUGGCAAAUGGAGUGAACAAGAUGCUGCAAUUUUAGUACCAGGAGACAUAAUCAGCAUUAAGUUAGGAGACAUCAUCCCAGCUGAUGCGCGUCUUCUUGAGGGCGAUGCUUUAAGCGUUGAUCAGUCUGCUUUGACAGGAGAAUCACUUCCUGUGACAAAGUAUGCCACACAAGAAGUGUUUUCAGGAUCAACUGUCAAGAAGGGUGAGAUUGAAGCAAUUGUGUAUGCAACUGGUGUCCACACCUUUUUCGGCAAAGCAGCUCAUUUGGUUGAUAGUACUAACCAAGUUGGACACUUUCAACAAGUGCUUACAGCAAUUGGAAAUUUCUGUAUUUGUUCAAUUGCUGUUGGAAUACUCAUUGAGAUUAUUGUGAUGUAUCCGAUACAACACCGCAAGUAUAGAGAUGGAAUCGACAAUCUUUUGGUGCUUUUGAUAGGUGGAAUUCCAAUUGCAAUGCCAACUGUUUUGUCUGUCACUAUGGCUAUUGGUUCUCAUAGGCUUUCACAGCAAGGUGCAAUUACAAAAAGAAUGACAGCUAUUGAGGAAAUGGCUGGAAUGGAUGUUCUUUGCAGUGAUAAAACUGGAACUCUCACUUUGAAUAAGCUUAGUGUUGAUACAAACUUGAUUGAGGUGUUUUCUAGGGGUAUGGAUAAGGACUUUGUGAUACUUCUGGCUGCAAGAGCUUCUAGGGUUGAAAAUCAGGAUGCUAUAGAUACUGCCAUUGUUGGAAUGCUUCCUGAUCCACUAGAGGCUAGAGCUGGUAUCAAUGAGGUGCAUUUUCUACCAUUCAAUCCUGUAGACAAGAGGACUGCUCUUACCUAUAUUGAUUCUGAUGGAAAUUGGCAUCGAUCUAGCAAAGGGGCUCCUGAACAGAUAUUGGAGCUUUGUAACUGCAAAGAGAAUGUGAGUAAAAGGGCUCAUGCGGUGAUUGAUAGGUUUGCUGAACGUGGACUUCGAUCGUUAGGUGUUGCUUAUCAGGAAGUACCUGAGAGAACAAAAGAUAGUCCUGGUGCACCAUGGCAAUUUGUUGGUUUGUUACCAUUGUUUGAUCCUCCUAGACAUGAUAGUGCUGAAACGAUUAGAAGAGCUCUUGAACUUGGUGUGAAUGUCAAGAUGAUUACUGGGGAUCAGCUGGCCAUUGGUAAAGAAACAGGUAGAAGGCUUGGAAUGGGAACAAAUAUGUAUCCAUCAUCUGCCCUGCUUGGUCAAGACAGGGAUGCUUCUACUUUAGAUGUUCCUAUUGACGAGUUGAUUGAGAAGGCUGACGGAUUUGCCGGAGUAUUUCCAGAACACAAAUAUGAAAUUGUCAAGAGGCUUCAAGAGAGGAAGCAUAUUUGUGGAAUGACUGGAGAUGGUGUAAAUGACGCCCCGGCGCUAAAGAAAGCAGAUAUUGGAAUUGCUGUUGCUGAUGCUACAGAUGCUGCUAGAAGUGCUUCUGAUAUUGUCCUCACUGAACCUGGUCUCAGUGUCAUUAUCAGUGCUGUGCUCACCAGCAGGUCCAUUUUCCAGAGAAUGAAGAAUUAUACCAUUUAUGCUGUGUCAAUCACCAUCCGUAUCGUGUUUGGUUUCAUGUUAAUUGCUUUGAUUUGGAAAUUUGAUUUUGCACCAUUCAUGGUUUUGAUCAUUGCAAUACUGAAUGAUGGUACCAUUAUGACAAUAUCAAAGGAUAGAGUUAAACCAUCUCCACUACCUGAUAGCUGGAAACUAAAGGAAAUAUUUGCUACUGGUAUUGUGCUUGGCAGUUACAUGGCCCUAAUGACAGUCAUAUUUUUCUGGGCCAUGCAUGAUUCUGACUUUUUCUCGGACAAGUUUGGUGUGAGGUCUUUGAGAAAUAAUCCUGCUGAGAUGAUGGCAGCUCUAUACCUGCAAGUCAGUAUAAUAAGCCAAGCGCUAAUUUUUGUAACUAGGUCUCGCAAUUGGUCUUUCGCCGAUAGACCUGGUCUUCUCCUACUAGGCGCUUUUGUCCUCGCUCAGCUGGUUGCAACAGUCAUAGCCGUGUAUGCAGAUUGGGAAUUUGCAAGAAUUAAGGGAAUGGGAUGGGGUUGGGCCGGCGUAAUCUGGUUGUACAGUCUGGUGACCUACAUCCCUCUUGAUUUACUGAAAAUCGCAAUCCGUUAUAUUCUGAGUGGAAAGGCAUGGAACAAUAUCUUGGAAAACAAGACUGCCUUCACAUCAAAGAAAGACUAUGGUAGAGAAAAUAGGGAAGCACAAUGGGCAUCAGCGCAAAGAUCACGCCAUGGUCUUCAGCCUCCUACCUCCAACACUAUCAAUGAGUAUAGUAGCUAUGAGGAGCUUUCAGAGAUUGCAGAGCAAGCCAAGAAACGUGCUGAAAUGGCAAGGCUUAUGGAGCGGAAUACUCUUAAGGGUCGUGUUGAGUCGGUAGUGAAGCUGAAGGGCCUCGACAUUGACACACUUAAUACUAAUUAUUCAAUUUAGGCAAAGGCUGCACAAUCUUGAAGAAUUGGUUCAAUAUUUUUCUCAGGAAAAAUAUUAAUAAUGACGAAGAAAGACUCAGAGACCUAAGCUAUUUUAUUGGUUUUUUCUCUUUCUCAUCUAAGCUUAGAUAAGA